UCUCUGUUUUCUGAUCUCUCGGAAAACCCUAGAAGCUCUGAAAACCUCAACAAUGGCACCAAAGGCAGAGAAGAAGCCGGCCGGGAAGAAACCGGUGGAGGAGAAGCUAGCCGAGAAAGCUCCCGCUGAGAAGAAGCUUCCGGCGUCGAAGGACGCUGCCGAGAAGAAGAAGAAGCGUCCGAAGAAGAGCGUGGAAACCUACAAGACCUACAUCUUCAAGGUGCUGAAGCAGGUGCACCCUGACAUUGGGAUCUCGAGCAAGGCCAUGGGGAUCAUGAACAGUUUCAUCAAUGACAUAUUUGAGAAGCUGGCUGCCGAGUCUUCCAAGCUUGCGAGGUACAAUAAGCAGAUGACGAUCACUUCGAGGGAGAUUCAGACUGCGGUGAGGUUGGUGCUUCCUGGUGAGCUUGCCAAGCACGCUGUUUCUGAGGGGACUAAGGCGGUGACUAAGUUUACUAGUUCUAAUUAGGGUUUCUGGGGCUGUAGGGAGGAGUAUUUUGGAAAUGGGAUAUGGAAAUAGGGUUUCUUUUGCUGUAAAGUCUGACUGUGGAAUCGGAAUGUUAGAAUCCAGGAUAGGGCUAAGUAUGGAGUUAUGAUGGGAAUGGAAAUAUGGAAUUAUGUUUCAGCUGAUGUAUUCUUUGGGCAUGAUGGAAUAUAUUGCUCUAUUUUGU